AUGAAUAGUACGGAUACCGGAAGUGGUCAACCAGGCAGUCUGCAUGACGAUCUCCAUAUUCACAAUGCCACAACGGACGACAUUGCAGUGUUUCAAUGCCAAAUCAGUAAUGUUCACGGCCGCCGUAUUUCCAACGCGUACUUACACGUAUGGCAACAACCACCAGCCAUUCUGCAUGCUAUGUCCGAGGAGCAGUUCGUGGCUGAGGACAAUCCAAUCACUUUGCCCUGUCGUACAAUGGGAGCACCCAAGGCCAGCAUCCAGUGGUUUCGAAAUGGUGCCAAUCUACGCACAGUAGGACAGUGGUCAACUGAUUCAUUGUCGAAAUAUCGAUUAAGCGCGGACGGUGGUUUAACGAUCGAGCGUGUCACCUUGGCGGACAGCGGAAAAUACACGUGCAUUGCCUCAAACCAGUACGGAGAUUCUCAAACAACCGGGCGAUUAACAGUGCGCGGGCGUACUCGAAUUGUUUCCGGUCCCCGAAUGGUGCUCGGUCAAGGUGAUCGAGUACUGGGCUAUGGCAGUUCCACCAAUCGUGCCAAGGAUGAUCGCGGACCGGCGAGUGGGCAUCGUUCGUCCGACGCGACUAGCGGUAGUGAGAAUCGCAUCGAACAGGUGAUUGAAAACACCUCGGUAUGGUUACGAUGUGAUGUGAGUACGGAUCCGAUGGAGAUGAAUCAUUUGCGCAUGAUUUGGAAGAAGGAUGACGAGUCGUUGAACGUAGAUACAUUCAAAUCAAAUGGACGACUAAGUCUCUCGGCAGAUGGGACAGCACUGAAUAUCGCGGAUAUUCGGCCAUCGGACACGGGAGUGUACACUUGCUUCGCCUAUUCCCGUUUGGAUUCGGACAAUGCCAGCGUUCUACUGAUUGUUCAAGGGAAACCGGCAGCUCCGCGUCAUCUUCAGUUAACGUGUUCGAGUUCGAGCUUUCUGACUCCAUUUGCUCGUCUUCAAUGGCAACUUGGACCUCACAAUAACCCUCCGGUAGAUCACGCAGUUAUUGAAUUUGUGGCCGGCAGUUAUCGACCAUUGGCUUCAAACUUGGAUCACUACCUCGCAGAACUGAACCGCAGCCGCAGUCAAGUUCCAUCCGCAAACGCGAAUGAGAAUAGCUCAGUCAACGAGUUAUCCCUCCAGUCGUUAUGGAUUCAAGAAACUAUGCCGAGGGCAAGACAACUGGCCAAAAAAUUAAUUUUUACCAACCGCUGGUCACGUAUACACCCGGUCAGUCCAACUAUUAUAGAGAAACAUGUGACUAAUCAACAUGUUGCUGGUGUAGACGUAGAUUCAUCCAUACUUAUAGGUCAAUCAGGUGAAAUGGAACAGGCGUUUGUUAGUUUACACGCUGAUGUAGUCUAUCAUUUUCGCGUUCGAUUGGUUAAUCGGAUCGGACAAUCGGAACCAAGUUUAGUCGUGCCGGAAUUGGACGCUCAAACUGUGUGCCAUCUUCCUCCUAAACCUGUCCACACAGUACCGAAGGAAUUGUUUGUUUAUGGAACACAACCGCACAAUUUGCGCAUUCGAUAUCCGCCUCUUCCACCGAUUGAACACAAUGGGCCCGGUCUAAUCUACAAGCUGUGGAUCACAUGUUUGGACUGCCAGUUGGGCCCAAACAAGCCGCUAUCGAAUCUAACGGUGGUCACCGAUUGGUCCGUAGGUGAUUUGGAAUUAGAAUUGCUGACCACCAGGGAACUGAUUGGUCGUGAACAGUUCGAACGUGUUCGGCAUUGGCAAAUUGAAACAUUUCGCACUUACGAGGUAAACUUGACCACGGAAAACAUGUUCGGAUCCACCGUAUCUGUUCCACUGACACGAACCGGUCAAUCCGGGGAGGGAAUACCCACCGUGGUGUUGGACGCUCCAAGGCCAAUCUCUGUUGGUGCACAGAAUGCCACUCUGACUUGGCGCAGGCUUACUCGGAUCGAGAUGGAACAGAAGAUUUUAGGGCAUUUUCGAGGAUUUCGUGUUGAAUGGUGCGAGGCCCAGCUGACGGAAGAGUUGUGCAACUUUUACAAAGCCCAUCAGGACUACAUAGUGAAAGCGCCACCGGUUUGGAGUGUACCCGAACUUCGAACUUCCGGACUGGCGCGGAGCAGGCCGAUCACGGUUGACUCAGACGAAAGGGAAACAGAGGGAAAACGCGAUCCAGCGACGGAUAGUCAUGAAAUUUCGCGACCCCAAGAACCGGAAGUUCUACUUGAACCGGAUAUUCAAAGUCGGUCCCAAGUGGAGAAUAACUCCAUUGCCCUGAUUGAUGGGUCCUAUGUGGCUGAGUUGACCGGUUUACCGGGAAAAAUGCGAAUUAAAGCAUGGCUUCGCGUGUUGAACAUCCAGUACUCCGGUCCAGCAAGCGAUCCGGUGAUUUUUGUCACCAACGAAGGUGUACCUGAGGCCGUGCCGGAAAUUGUCCCCACAUUUGUCGGAGUGACGCACGUGGAGUUGUCUUGGGUGAAACCGUUGAAAACCAACGGGGAUUUGGUGGCGUAUGACCUCGAGGUGAGGCAAGGUGCCGAGAUAUCUCCGUUUCUGGUCAACAGUGUACCGAACAGUCCAAAUUCGGUCAAUAUCUGUUUGGCUCGGUCGUUGAAUUUUCCCACGCCAACACCUCCAAUGAGCGAAAGUCAGGUUGACCGAGAAGUCAGUGAGUCUCGAAUGGGACCUAGCCCAUCGGCCACACUGGAUCCGGAAGCGAUUCACGGUCCAUGGCAAAAUGAACAAGUGUUCACAACGUCAAACACAGUGACCACCGGUGCUAGACACUCACUUCUACCACCCCCAUCAUCCACGGCUCCAUCAGUCACAACCGAGGUGGAAUCCGACAUGUUCUACGCACAGUUUCGCACUGUGGGCGACGAGUACUGGGAGGAAACGCAACGCGAAUUUCAAAAACCUUGGAUUAUCCUGAGUAAUUUGCUACCAAUGGUGGCAGCUGCUUUUCUAGCCUGCUGGUGUCGUCGCCNCCGCCAUCAGCAUAACAACGGUCGUCGCUGUUGUCCUCCAACGAUGUCCCAUUCACCUUCGCGUCUCCAUCAUCGGUCAGAUGACACACAUCGUCGACGACCUCAUACAAUGACCGGUGGUACAAUACGAAUGUACGACUCGCUGAAAGAAAGCACACAAACCACCUCCACUGUGACUGAGGCAAACAACCUGAAUUCAACAUUGACCAUGCGGCCAACCCUGGAUAUUUCAUUGACUAAUUCUGUUCACGGGGUUGAACCCCCACUUCUUUCGGAUCCAAACAUUCCAGAACCGUUGAAGUCCAAUCCGGCUCGCUAUUUGUGGGUUGACCAGACAAUGGAUCAGACCAGUUGUUUAGAACUUGAACCCUACAACUCACCUCAAAUGGAUCCAGUGCAAUAUGCUCCGGAUUUAACCCGGUCAUUAUUAUUGGGCAAAAGUUCGCCAAACAACUAUGGACUAUUCGCAUAUUCACACAUUCCAUUGACCGAUGUCCAAAGUGCGUCGGUCGUCACCAGUGAGCCCACUUUCCACGCAUUUACCUCAAGAACAUUCAAACUGUAA